ACAGAACAUGUUAAACAGAGGACAAAGAAGAAGAAAGUAGUCACAUGUUGCCACAUCAUCCGUCUCCUAGGCUUCUGAUGUAGCUGUUUAAACACUGACCCCCAUUAUGAGCGCAACGCUUUGUAAAACAUUUAGUAACAAUUGCAAUUUUAAAGAGUGAACAUAGACUAUAAAUAUGACAUCCAAAGACACUGCACAAAUCUCACAAGCACUGUUGGUGAAGGCGUAUUCAAACAGAUGUUAAAAGGAUUCAGAGGUGAGUAAAUAAUUGUGAUGAAGCUGAAGUUGUGGUUUUCCUUUCUGUUGUUAAAUGUGAUCCAUGAUGUCCAGUCUCAACCUGCCAGCAAAUGGAUAGCGAACAUGCCAACAAAUAUUCCUGUCCUGCAGGGCUCCUGUGUGGUUAUUCCCUGCAUCUACACUUACCCCAAGCCCACAUCAAAGGGGAUCCUGAACAGGUGGAAAGGAUUCUGGAUGAAAGGGAAAACUAUCAUCUCAACCAACAUCCCCAAAUGGAAACUGACUGAGGAGUUCAAAAAACGAACCCAGUUUUUAGGAAAACUGCAGGGACGCAACUGCACCAUGCUGCUGGAUGCUGUCAGGCCAACUGAUGUUGGCCCUUUCCACUUCAGGAUUGAAAUGCCACAAUACAAAAGCUUCACCUACCCAAACACAGUGACCCUUGAUGUUAAAAGCAACCCAGAGCCUCCAUCUAUGUCUGUGACGGUAUAUGAAAAAGUAACUGCCUCCUGCACUGUGUCUCACUCCUGCCCAACGAUUCUCCCUCGAUUCUCCUGGACCCAUUCUGGAAGCGUCUCUACCCGAUCAAAGAAGCUGAAUACAUGGCAGUGGGAAACAGUGUCAACGCUGUCCUUUGUUCCUAAAUCCACCGACUCCAACAUGCCUUUAAACUGCACAGUGCUGUACAGAGGAGGUAAGCGGGCGACAAGCUCCAUGAUUCUCUCAAUAUGACGUGAGCUCAGUGCAUAAUCUAAAUAUCACCUUUUGUUCUGCGUGGUAAAUGAAGUAAUGUCCCAUGUAUCAAGGCAUUUUAAAUCUGUUGUUCAACGUACGUCUUUCAUAUCAAUGUUUAUGUUGGUUUAUGCAUGCACCAAGGGUUUGUUAGUUUAUGUAGGCACCAAUCACCAAGGCAAAAUUCCAUGUAAGUGUAAUUUAUUGUGGCAAUAAACCCUGUUCCUACUUUUUGAUUUCUGAUAAUGCCUUACACCUGCUACAUUUGUACAAGUUUACUCUCCGUACAGAUGUUGCUAAGUGAAAGGGAAAUGUAUGUCCACACUAGGAAUUCUGAAACACAAUCAGUUAGGUAAUUAACAUGUCACUGCACACUGUAAUGUAAUUUGAAGGAGCAGAAAUGACUGCCUGACAUCUUUGAUCUGUGUCACUCUUGUGAUUUGUUGUCUAUGAUUAACAUUAAAUAUCAUUUCAAUGUCACUCUA